CGGUUACUCAGAUAUAUAAAUGGCAUCCUCUAUUUCUUUCCCGGCUCCCACCGGCGAAACACCGGUGCGGUCACCGGUAUGGAUCGUCCGUCCCUCCGAGCUGGACAUCGGGGACCACGUCGCAGACUUGGGACACAUGCCUGAUAAGGAUUGGUUGAUUUCUCUUCCCUCCCUCUCACUCUCAUUCUGCUUCUGUGUCAGAUGAUGUUUUUCUGGUGUGCUUUCGAAACUAGCUGCGGCUUGUGAAAACAGCAAAGUUUGUGUGUAUUUGCCAGGACAGGAUGUAGAGUUGCGCACACAUGCAGACUCUGGAUGCAAACCUACAGACCUGUCCACAUACAAUUUGUACGACUGUUAAACAGAGAGCAGCGGGUCAUGUACAAACAUGAAGACAUGCGACACGAGAUCAACAUUCAUAUGUCAACGAGAUCUCAUGUGUCAGGUGGAGCGGCUGCAACUGUUGAAGUCAUGCCAGACACAACAAUUCGGCAACUGAAGCAGCAGCUGAAAGCCAUCCAAGCUUGCGAAGAUGAGUUCACACGCAGUGUCUCCAGGGUUGACUUGGUUGUUGAUGGGACCAAACUGUGUGAUGAUGGUCAAACGGUGACGCAGGCCGGGCUUUCUCCUGACACUGAAGUGCAGGUGCUUUUCACCAUCCAUACCAUUGAGUGCUCGAGCAAAAAAGACUCUGGCUACGACUUGAUGGACCUUGCAAUUGUACACAUCCCAAGCAGUGCGACAAAGAUCAACUACGGAGCAUUCCAAGACUGCACAUUGGUAGCAAGCGUGAUCAUCCCUGACUCCGUGACUCUCAUUGGAAUCCGUGCCUUCAGUGGUUGCAGCUCUCUAGCUCAUGUCACUAUCCCCAACUCCGUCACGUCUAUCGGGGAGUUUUCAUUCUUCGCAUGCAGCUCCUUAGUGAGCUUGACCAUUCCCAACUCAGUGGCAAAGCUUGGGAAAGCCUCCUUUGAAGGCUGCCAUUCCUUAGUGAGCUUGACCAUCCCAGACUCCGUGCGGAAUAUACACGACAAGACGUUCCGCGGCUGCAACUCUUUGAGAGUUUUGAGAAUCCCAGACUCUGUGCUUUCAAUUGGGAACUCUGCCUUCGAAGGCUGCCACUCACUCACCAGCUUGGAGAUUCCAAGCUCGGUGAUCGAUAUUGGCAUGGAGGCAUUUAGUGGUUGUCGUUCGCUGGCAAACUUGAGCAUCCCCAACUCGGUGACUUGUAUUUGGAACUCGUCCUUUUUCGGUUGCAGCUCUCUGGUCAAUUUGAGCAUCCCCCCUUCAGUGACGGAGAUCAAAUAUGGCGCUUUCAGCGGCUGCUGCUCACUCGAGUCCUUGAGCAUUCCCCACUCCGUGACAUACAUCGGGAUCCAUGCCUUUAGCGGUUGCACUGCUCUAAAGGACUUGACCAUACCCAGCUCAGUCAACCUCGGGCACCACGCCUUUGAUGGGAUGGUCACCGCAAGACCUUCCCAGCAAACACAGCAGCCAAACUGCAGCUGCAGCUGAGUUGGACGUUUGUUUCUUGACUGGUCGCUGGGUCAAUGGUCGCAUUCACCGGACUUGCUUAUGAAAAAGACGAAGCGCAAAAAAGCAGAUGCGGGGAGCCAGGGACAAGCUGCAACAUGCUGCAGCUGCUCGAAGUUCACUGAGCUCAGAUGAUUUGGAGUUCGAUUCCUAGGCCCCGACCGUCCGUGAGUGCAGACAUCCACAGACCGCUUCCAGAAUCCCAGGGAUUCCGCGGAAGACGCCGAAGACCUGGAGUGGACGACCGUUCGGACAUGAUCCCAAUGGCGGCAGAUGGCGAGUUGCACAGAUUGCACGACCGGUGGCGUUUGACACUCUGGUGAGCCUCAGCCUCAGCCACAGCCUUGCAGCAAGAUAGCAUGUCGAGCCUGAA